UCGGGGCGCCUCCCCGAGGUCGACCGAGGCUGCGGCUGCUGCUGCUCUCGCAGUCAGUCCCGCAUGGAGAGCUCGGCGGCGGAGGAAGGAGGAGCCGGAGCCGCCGCCGCCAGCCCGGCUGACAUGGCAGCCCUGCACGCAGCCAAGCGCGCCCUGCGAGCGGAGCUGAAGCGCCGCCUGAAAGCGCUGAGCGAAGCCGAGAAGCUCCGCCAGUCGCGCCUGCUGGCCGGCAAGGUGAUGGCCCAUCCUCGCUACCUCGCUUCCCAGCGCAUCGCGGUCUUCCUGAGCAUGCCAGACGAGGUCCGGACCAACGAAAUCAUUAAAGACAUUUUCCAAAAAGGCAAAGAAUGUUUCAUUCCGUGGUACAAGCCCGAAAGCAGCCACAUGGACAUGGUCAAGCUGGCUUCCUAUGAAGAGAUUGCCUCACUUCCUCUGACGUCCUGGAAUAUCCAUCAACCCGCUGAAGACGACGCACGGGAAGACGCAUUGGCAAUGGCAGAUGGUCUAGAUCUCAUCCUGAUGCCGGGACUUGGUUUUGACAAAAUGGGGAACAGGCUGGGAAGAGGAAAAGGGUAUUAUGAUACCUACCUCCAACGAUGCCUGCAGCAUCCAAAAGGAAAACCGUACACAAUUGCCUUAGCUUUCCAAGAACAAGUGUGCCAUAUGGUCCCUGUGUCUGAAACGGAUAUGAGAGUGGAUGAAAUCCUCGUUGAAGACUCCGAACAAGAACUUUGAUGAGGGACUGCUUUUUCAUUGCUUUUCGUGGAAUUUCUGGACCGCUUCAUUCACACCUAUUCAUGAUGGGGGGGGGGGGUUCCAUGAUGAACUUCUGCCAAUAUCUUUGUUAUCUCAACUCUGUAUCUGUGCUGAGGGUGGUAUGACCACCAGUUUCUUCUGCCUAUUAAAGAUGCAAGAAAUCGUAUCUCUAGAGGAUGUGCAUAACACA